AAGAAGAAGCAAUUAAAGAGACAAGUGAAAUGGGUUCUCUGGUUUUCUGGGUUCUUCUCUUGGGUUCUCUGCUUCCACCCAGACCUCUCUUGUCUUCCUCUAAUGGCCUUUCUGAAAAUUUCUAUGCAAACACAUGCCCAAAUGUGGAAACCUUCAUCUGGAAUGCUUUAGUAGAGAAGUUGAAAGAACCCUUCAGGCCUACUCUCCCUGCCACUCUUCGCCUCUUCUUCCAUGACUGCUUCGUUGAGGGUUGCGACGGCUCGGUGUUGAUCUCAUCUAAAGCAUAUGAUGCAGAGAGAGAUGCUGAAAUUAACCUUUCUUUGAUCCCAGAUGGUUUCGAAGUUGUUAACCUGGCAAAGAAAGCUGUUGAAGCAGCAUGUCCCGGGGUUGUUUCCUGCGCUGACAUUCUUGCCAUUCUAGCCCGUGAUGUUGUCUACUAUGCAAAGGGUCCAUGGUGGCCGGUUGAGAAGGGGAGGAGAGAUGGAAGGAAUUCCAAGGCUGCCAACGCAGCUGCCCAGUUGCCAAGUGGCAACUCCAACUUGACUGAUCUUAUUGAAAUGUUCCAAUCAAAGGGACUGUCCAAAUUUGAUCUCGUCACACUCUCUGGGGGCCACACCCUUGGUUUGUCCCAUUGUACGGAAUUUGCUAAUCGCCUUCGCCGACCUGACCCUACAAUGAAUGAAACAUUACGGGUGGAUAUCAUAGAUAGGUGCCCGUAUCCGAAGAUCAACCCGUUGGUUAUGAUGGAAUUCGAUGAAACGGCGUUUCAGUUUGAUAACUUGUACUACAAGCGCUUGAGGCAGCUCAGAGGAUUACUGACGUCCGAUCAAGAGCUGUUUUCCGGCGGCGACGAAUAUAUCCGGGCAAUGGUUUCACGGUUUGCCGAAGACCAGGAGCUGUUUUUCAAGUCCUUUGGUAAUGCCAUGAAGAGGUUGGGAGCUGUUGGGGUUAAAACUGGAACUGAAGGGGAGAUUAGAAAGGACUGUAUUAGCUUCAAUUGAUUCUUCUUGUCUGUUAUGGGUAGGGAGUGGUUGAGUUGUAGUGGAUGACGUGUGUAGUUGUGUGAGUUAUGUAUGGUUGCAUGUGGUUAUAUAAGUUACGUGUGUAGUUAUGGAGGUAUGGGUUACAUGGGUUAUGUGGGUCACGUGAUAUUAGGUACUGUUAUCGCAAGUGUUGUACGUUACUCAAACUGUUCUUGAGUAAUUGUUAAUUGUUAUUUAAUAGAAGUCCUACAGUAUCGGGAGGUAUCUUUGAACCCGAUAACAA